UAUUUUAAGUAUAAUUUGUUUUUGGUUAUAUCAUCGAUCGGAUCGGAAGAUGGAGAGAAAGGGGUACGGUUGGGCAGUAUGCGCAGGUUUGAAUGCGGGUCUUGCAGCCAUUUCCGCAAAGCUCUCCGUUCACCACUUUGUCAGGUACGGUUUGGUGUUGUUCUUCAAUCUCACGAUGUGGGCUUCUUAUGUCAAUAGCCUCAAAGCUCUCUCUUCUCUUCAAGCAACUGUCACCAAUUUCGCUACCAAUUUCAUCUCUUCCGGUCUCGCCGGUUACUUCUUCUUUCACGAAUCCCUCUCUUUCCAGUGGUUUGCAGGUGCCCUUCUUAUAAUCAUUGGUGUUCUAAUUCUUAGUAACUCAAGUCUUCAGAACAAGGUUAGCGCUGAUUAGAACCGCAUCCAAUUCUCAACAACAAUUUGGAAUAUCAAGUUGUUAUAUGCCAUUUCUAAUUUUGUAAUGGUAUUCUGAUUUCAACCUUCAAUCGUUAUCUUUUAGCAGGGUACAAGGGAAAUUGAGUUUUCUUUAUAAUUGAUUCACUCCAAUUUAAAAAUUCUGCUGUUUUUAUGGAAUUGACUCUAUUCACUGACAAGUGUCUACAGGGAAAGGUUUACAUAUAUGACAGUAUUGCUGCUAUCCACUAUUUCAUAUGAUAUACAUAUACUAGUAAUACCGGUAGUGAUUCAAAACGAAUCCCAGUUCAAAGACAGUAAAAAUUAUUUGAAACCCUAUUAUCAUUCCCAUUACCUGUCAAACUGAAUUUGGAUUCUAUUACUCAAAUUCUGAAAUUCCUUGACAGGAUACCAUGUAUCCAUGUUUACUGCCUUGAUGAUGUCAAUGACAUGUCUGUGUUUUUGCCAUCUGUAAAAUACUGAAGUCUUCUGUAGACUGUUAUUCCAACAGAGUAUUUGUUUUGUAUCCCCUGCAAUGAUCUCAUUCAACUUGGUUUUUAUUUUUUUGACACCCAAAUUUUUCUAGCACCUUUUAGCAACCCAUGUUGAUCUAACAUUCUUGUGGUUGAAUACUUGAAUACCCAGUUGCAAGUGUGCUUGUUUCUAUGGC